AUGUCCAACGACAUGGGCCAGCCAACCCACUCUGGUCCUCCCGCCGAGGCCUCGACGUCUGCCAAUGGACACGCAGCGCAGACAGUAACAGCGACCUCUUCUCUCCUCUCAAAUGUCGCUCCGGUUCGGCUGCCAGGCAGUCUCAUGUAUGAAGAUGACAAGGAUUGGGUCGAAACGCGAGAAGCGUAUGCCGGCGGAGAAGACGCAGAUAUGGAAGAUGAUGCCACUUCAAUCAAGGGCAAGGGGAAGCUGUCUGCAGGAGAGGACGCUCGACCGGGCGUUGGGGGCGGAAAGCGCAUGCCUGUCGAUAGAGAGGAAGCGGUGCGAUUGAUGUUGCAGGGGCUUCGAGAUGUCGGUUAUCAUCAAUCAGCAGAUGUUCUGGAGGCCGAGUCUGGGUACAAGCUCUCCACGAGGGCUGGCUCGGAUUUCCAACAAGCUAUCCUGGGAGGUCGGUGGGCUGAAGCGCUUGCUCUUCUUCCCGAGCUUGAUACAGCUAUUCCCUCCGAUCAGACUCGAUACCUGAUCGCCCAACAGAAGUAUCUCGAGUAUCUCGAACUGGGCCAGCAGAAGAAGGCUUUGGGUGUCUUGCGAGGGGAGCUGGCAAGGGUGGCCAAAGAUCAGAAUGUUCUGCAUACAUUGUCUGGGUUCAUGAUGUGUCUCGACAAGGAGGACUUGUACGAAAGAGCGUCCUGGGACGGGGCGGCCGGUAUCUCCCGGCGGCAACUGUUGGAACAUCUUGAAGCAUUCAUUUCCCCGUCGCUCAUAGUCCCGUCCCGGCGUCUCGCAACCCUCUUUGACCAAGCACGCCAAUUCCAACAAUCCAACUCACCCUACAUCGACGGCCCCACCACCAACUCUCUCUACACCGACUAUGAAGACCGUCAAGAUCAAUUCCCCUCCGUCACCACCCACAUUCUCAUUGACCACUCUGACGAAGUCUGGCGGAUCGAGUGGAACCCUGAUGGGUCAAAGCUCGCGAGCGCUGGAAAGGAUAAGGUUGUGCAUAUUUGGUCGGUGUUACCGGUGGCGGGCCUGGACGGGACGGAGAGGUACGCGGUAGCGCCAUUGCAUCAUUUCAGGAAUCAUAAGGAUCCAAUCGAUGCGAUGGCGUGGGCGCCUGAUGGGAAGCUACUGGCCACGGGCGCAGACAAGGUGGUGCAUCUUUGGGACACUGAAACGGGUGAAGAGAUUGCUUUGCAGACGCCUGGUCUUCAUCACACCGAUACUAUCAGCGCCAUCCAGUGGAUACCAAGCGGCUCCGAAUUCUUGGUGGCGUCCAUGGACUGCCGUAUUAUAUUUUACAAUCGCAAAGGCAUGCUUCUCCGCCAGUGGUCUACCUUCCCUCUCCAAUUCAACGACUUUGCCCUCACACCAGACGGGUCCCGCAUCGUAGCCAUCACCACCCCAUUGAAACGUGUCGCCAACAAUGAAGGGCUGCGAAGUGCAGCCAUCUGGUCUCAAGAUUUGAGGUGUGAGAUGACUAGUAUCAGGCUUACCAGUGACGGCAAGAGAGCGCUGGUCAGCUGUAGUCCGGAUGAGGUCCAAGAAUGGAAUACCCACAACGGUUUGCGAUACCUCCGCGGCCAUUCCGGCCAUAUUCAGACAAAUUUCCUCAUACGGAGUUGCUAUGGCGGCAAGAAAGAUCAGUUCGUCCUCAGCGGGAGUGAAGACGGUCACGUUUAUGUUUGGCAAGGCUCGUCAUCCCAACCAACCGAAGUGCUCGCGGGGCAUACCAGCGUCGUCAACUCUGUUGCUUGGAACCCUGUAGCUUCACGAAAAAUAUUUGCCAGUUGCAGCGAUGACAAGACGGUGUACGCUCGAGUCCUCUUACAAAUGCGAAAGCUAAUGAGGAGUAGGCGGAUAUGGCAACCACCGGUCGAUAUGGACAUGGAGCUUCAGGCGGAAGAUGCUGGGCCCGUAGCGGAAGCGUCGGCGAGUGGGACGAAUGGGGACAAGGAUGGGAAUGGACACGCGCCACGUAUGGACGAAGAUGUUGGGAUGGUGUUGUGA